UGAAUUAGUUUAAGUUUAUAAUUUGUUGAUUAAAGUGCCUUUAAAAAUUUCCAGGCUAAACGUUACUAGUCAAGUGAAGUGAAAUUAAAAAGAAAAAAUAAAUAUUUUAUUAAAUCAAAGUCCUGGCGGAAUAAAAAUAAAAACGAAAUACAAACAGUUUAAACGAAAAUGGUUACCGAGGAGUGGAAAAAAUGUAGUAUAGCUACAAAAUUUCCAACAUAUAGAAAUUCUAGUUUAGUGACUACCAAAAGUUGGAUAGAGGGAAAACGCAAAGAUGAUGAGGCUGAAGGUCUUUGGCGUAUUUAUGAUUCCUUAUAUGAUUUUACCGAUUUCAUUGAUAAACAUCCGGGUGGUAAAUUUUGGAUAAGAGAAACAAAGGGACUUGAUAUAACUGAAGCAUUUGAAGCUCAUCAUUUGACAUCGGCACCUGCUAAAAUGAUUGAAAAAUAUAAAGUUCGCGAGGCUGCAAAACCAAGAAUCUACACGUUGACCUUACAUGAGAAUGGUUUCUAUAAGACAUUGAAGAAAAGAGUGGCGGAGAAGAUGAAAACGAUUGAUAAUAAACCAAAGAAAAUCUCUGAUGCAAUCCAUUUAGGUUUACUCCUAAGUACCUUUAUUUUCUCCAUGGCCAGUGCUAAAUACGAUAGUUUAAUAUUUAUGGCAUUAGCGGGUGCAGCUCUAGUUUGGACCACAGUGGUAUCACACAACUACUUUCACAAACGUGACAACUGGCAAAUGUAUGCUUUCAAUUUAAGUAUGAUGAAUUUUACAGCGUGGCGUAUAUCCCAUUCUCUAUCACAUCACAUCUAUCCAAAUUCAUAUAUUGAUCUGGAACUAUCAAUGUUUGAACCACUUUUGUGUUGGGUACCAAGUCCACAUAUAAAAAGUAAAAUGAUGCGCUAUGUAUCGUGGGUAACUGAGCCGUUUGCCUAUAUGAUUGCAUUUUUCCUGCAACUACUAACAAGAAUUUUUUAUUCCCUACGUAAGACGAAUAUUAUGUACUGGCAUGAUUUAAUCUGUCUUUCUUUGCCUCUAUCCAUGUAUUUAUGUUCGAAUUAUUCCAUUUUCUGGUGUUUGCGUCAAUGGAUCUUUAUAACAGCCAUAGCUAGUUUUUCUUUCUGUGUUAUUGGCUUAAAUGCCGCCCAUCAUGAUCCGGAAAUAUUCCAUGAAGGUGAUGCCAAUCGUGAAGAUCGUGAUUGGGGUCUUUAUCAAGUCGAUACUAUAAUCGAUCGUGGCGAUCUUAAAGGUUCUCAGUUCUUGGUCUUGACCCACUUUGGUGAUCAUGUUCUGCAUCAUUUAUUCCCUACAUUAGAUCAUGGCAUUUUGCCUCAAUUGUAUCCUGUACUUUACGAAACAUUGGAGGAAUUUAAAUGUGAACUAAGAGAAAUUAAUCAUUUGGAACAUAUUAUUGGUCAACACAAACAGUUACUGAGAAUUGAAACUAAUCCUAAACCUCCGGGUUCUAAAUAGAUUUGAAAAAAUUUCUUUGAUAAGUUAAUUAAAUUUAGGUUUUAAAAAUAAUAAAUAUUAUAAAAAUGUGGUCUCAUCUAUUUUUUCUGCGGGGAUCAGCUAAAGGAUACACCUUUCCAUGUGUUGCUAAUCCUAUUGAAGCAUUUUUUGAUAUCAUAACUUGUGUUAUAGUUAGGUAAACAUUAUAUUUCUGUUUCUGGGUCUUCAGUAUAGAACCUCAGACCCACUUUUUACCGCUUCACCAAGACAUUCUAUCUGGGAUCAGAUCAUAUUCUGUGUCUGAUAUACGAUGAACGCAUUGCACGUCUUAUAUCCAAUCUGCAUGUACUCUAAACUCCCUGUGGUAGUUUGAUAUUACACUUUGGUUCCAAAGCAGUCAUCCAUUUUUAUAGCCAAAUCGUCAUAUUAGAACUAAGACCCUAUUUCACACUAUAGUCUUCCUACAUAUCGACCAGCACUGGUGUGCCUUGUUGAUCCUAUCCUCUAUGUGGUGUUUCCAUUUUAAAUUUUGGUAUUACACCUAAGUACUUAACUUUGUUUGUCACCGUUAUCUUCUUGUCUAGGAAGGUUUUAAGUAGGAAGGACGUAAGACUUAUCUGGUUCUGGUAUAAAUAUGAACCUUGGAUCUUGUAAUUUAAAUGGGUUAUAUGUCAAUUCUAAGAAUGCAGUGAAUAUCUGUGACAGAUGUAGGGAAACUGCCGAAAAAAUGUCACCUGGCCCUGCAGCUUUAUAAGAAGCAAAGCUCUUGAUUGCUCCCUUAACCAUGCUCAGUUGGUUACUACAGUUUGAGAAGAGUUAUUUGUAAAGAAUUUGGAGUGUUUUGGAAUGACAUAAUAGUUGUUUAAACUACUUGACCUACUCUCGGCUUAAGUCUAGAAGCUAAUCCGGAUCGGAUGAUACAAUGUCAUUCUUCUUACAAUAUUGUAGCUCUGCAUACUAUGAAUCUUUAUAUAUUAAUGUUAUUUAUUGGUUUCCAUGCCUUUGGAAAAGAGUUAGCUGAUACCUAAACAUCAACUCGCCAAAGGAUUACUUCUAUUGUGACCGAAAAUAACUUGCGGGCUUGCAAAGUGAGUCGGAACUAAUCAGAAGCGGGGCUUAUAAAAGAUUCUUUUAGAAAAAUCGCGUGUAGGGUAACAUUUUCUUCCGACGAAUGUAUCAUUUAUGAUCAGAAAAUGAGCUCUAAAACGACCAGUAUUUAGACUCAUAAAUUACUCAAAAUAGAUGCAAAAAUCAGAAGUGGGACUCAUAAAAGAGUCUUUUAGGAUAUUCGCGGGUAGGGUACCAUUUUCUCCAUACAAAUGUGAUCAGAAAAUGAGUGCAUUAAGGAUCAUUUUAAUUUUUGCAGAAGAGUCAUAAAUGACUCGAAUGUGAUCAACAUUUUCAAAAAAUUCUAGCUGAGUAGCAAGCUGACAUGUACAUAUCUUUAUCAAGAUCAAUAUCAAUGUCCGGGUAGUCUGCAAUUUAAUUUCUCCUAUUGUCCUCAUGCACUAGAACCCGUAUUGUUGCGACUGUGAAAUGUCAGAUUUGAGAUCAAAUUGGAAGAUAUUUUAAACUUAUCGAGGCAAAGUCCCAUAUUUUGGUGUAGACUGUUAUCGCACUAUCCCGAAGCUCAGUUCAUGCACCCCAGUUAUGUCUUGUCGGUAUUUGGUUUCGAAAAGUUCUUUAAAAUGUUUAUUGCGUAAUUUUCCUAUUGUUGGUAUUCUAACAUCUGGUUAAAAAAAAAACAAAAUUAUAAUUAUCUGAAGAAAUCUAUCACUUGAAGUUCUGAAGGGUUAUCAAUCUUGUAUUUUCAGAUCUAGUCUAACUACUCAUAUUUUAGUUCUAUUUAUUUAAAAGAAAUUAUAGUCGGACCUGUUUCAAAAAGUAAAAUGUGAUUUAGUUUAUAAAACAUUUGAGUUGAAUUAUACCUUGCCUCAGCUAUAUUUAAGCCAUUUAUUGUUGAAUAAAACUGUGGACAUUAAAGUCAAAUUUUGAAGGUGGGUUUUUAUAGGGGCUAGGGUCAAAUGAGACCCUAUAAUUCAAGAGUUCAAGAGGGUCAUAAAGACUAGUAUAUAACUUAGUUUUGCUGCUUCAAAUUUUGAAGGGGGCUUUUUUGUUCGUUAAUGGUUAGUGUUCUAGUCAGGCAGACCGGAGGUGGUGGGUUCGAUUCCCACCCGUGUCACGAGUUAAAGAGCACACAACAGGCCCAAUAGAGUCCUAAAUGUAUUUCUUCGGGUUUGAUGUGUAUACAUCCUCCUUUCAAACUAACGAACUAACUACAAACUUCAGCACAAACCCAAUAUACCCUCCACCACUUAAUAUCUCAAUUUUCUUUUGUUACCUAUUCGUAUUUCAUAGUUUUAAUUGAAAGACUUUAUAUAGUUGUUUUUUAAUUGAUUUACAUUUAUUUUGUUCCUUUUUUGUAUACUUGUUCCUUUCUUUUAAUUUAUUUUAUAUUUUAAAUAUUAUCAUUAUUAUGUAUAUUUUUAAAUUAUUUAAAUUUAAAUGUUUUGAUUAAUUAAAAAAAUAACAUAAACAUAAGCGCCAUAAGAUGAGGGUGUUUAUUAGUUUGUUUGUGUUUGUGUCUCUGUGUUGUUGUAAUGUUGAGUGAGUGAGUGAUUGAUUGAUUGAGUCAGUGUAAAAGAGAGAAAGAGAAUGGGUAGAAAUAGAAGUAAAAUGUGCAAAAGUUGUUUAUUGAUUAAACUGUAUGGAGUCCUUUUGUAUGAAUGCAUGUGUUCGUUCUCCAAUAUCAGUCAAAUAUCAAUGUGUAUGUGUGAGUGUAAAGUGUGCAUUUUACAAUAAAUACAUAAAUAAAUAACAUUUCUUUUGGUUUUAUUUUGUUUUGUUUUUUUUUUUAAAUAUUCUUAUUUAUUGAAGAUGUGUAGUAAAUGUGUGUUUUGUUUUAUUAUAAAUUUCUCUUUUUUCGACUUUCGACACAGACAACUAGACAACUAGAUUUAAACCUAAACGUACAUAUGUAUGGAUAGUAUUAAGUUUUAUGACGGGGCUUAAGUCAUGUUUUUCAUAAUACAAAAAAUUAUUAUAAUUUUAUAUAUAUA